AUGGAGGCAGCCACAGCUCCAGAGGUGGCCUUGGGAUGCAAGCUGAAGGUGAAAGAAGCCAGGCCAGCCGAUGCUGUACGACCCCAGGCUUCACCUCAACUCCUGCUCCCUAUAGAAGAGCAUCCCAAGAUUUGGCUACCUCGGGCCCUGAGGCAGACCUACAUCCGGAAAGUUGGGGACACAGUGAACCUACUAAUCCCAUUCCAGGGCAAACCCAAACCUCAAGCCACCUGGACACACAAUGGCUGUGCCUUGGACGUCAGUCGUGUGAGCGUUCGGAAUGGGGAGCAAGACUCCAUCCUCUUCAUCCGAGAAGCCAAACGUGCUGACUCAGGUCGCUAUCAGCUCCAUGUGCAGCUGGGCAGGCUGGAGGCCACUGCCACCAUUGACAUCCUGGUGAUCGAGAGGCCAGGCCCUCCUCAGAGCAUUAAGUUGGUGGAUGUUUGGGGCUUCAACGCUACCUUGGAAUGGACACCUCCCCAAGAUACGGGCAAUACAACACUCCUGGGAUACACGGUGCAGAAGGCAGACACGAGAUCUGGGCUGUGGUUCACAGUGCUGGAGCGCUGUCACCGCACCAGCUGCAUUGUCUCCGACCUCAUCGUGGGCAACUCCUAUGCCUUUCGCGUCUUUGCUGAAAACCAGUGUGGACUCAGUGAAACGGCCCCUGUCACGACCGAGCUUGCCCACAUCCGGAAAGCAGCUACUGUUUACAAGACCAAGGGGUUUGCCCAGCGAGACUUCUCUGAAGCCCCAAAGUUUACACAGCCCCUGGCAGACUGUACUGCAGUCGCUGGCUAUGACACCCAGCUCUUCUGCUCUGUCCGCGCCUCUCCCAGGCCCAAAAUCAUCUGGCUGAAGAACAAGAUGAAUAUCCAAGGCAACCCCAAGUACAGAGCCCUCACUUAUCUGGGAAUCUGCUCCCUAGAAAUCCGCAAGCCUGGUCCCUCUGACGGAGGCAUUUACACCUGUAAGGCAGUUAACUCCCUGGGGGAGGCAUCUGUGGACUGUCGGGUGGAUGUAAAAGCUCCUCACUGAGGUUACC